AUGGAAACUGGGGAAAAUACUUUUGAGGAUACAUCUGAAGAGGUUGAAUCGCCAGAUCCUCUAUCUAUUAUUCCACAAUACGUAACAGAAUCUGAUUUAGGAUUAAUGCAGGCUGGAAGUGAAAUUCUGCCAUCUUCCCUUCAAGUUUUUUCAGACACUCCUGAAGAUGAAGACACAAUGCAAAGCAAUGAUUCUAAUGAAGAAGUGAUAGUCCAACUAAUGGAUAUCAGAACAAGGCUAGCUCGCUUGAGAUCUAUGCUGGAACAGAGGCUUUGUGCUGACUUAUCGGACUACACAUUCUGGCUUCAGGAUGCUAAAAUGCUAGAGAAUCACAAAACCUUAGUGGAGCAGUGCAUAAGAGGAGAGGGUGUGGUACAAGUUAAUGUUCAGAUAAAAUCAGCAGAGAAAAAGAUUAAUAUUCUAGAUGUUCUCAAACCUGAUGAGGAACUUGUACAAAUACCUCAACAGACAGAAGAAGAUUUUGCGACUAUAGAACUGCAAGAUGAAGAAUCUGUGCACAAUGCAUCAGAGUUGUUUCAAGCCCCCAUGGAGGCGGAAUCUUCCCAACCUCACGCCGCUGCAGUUAAAUGGGUCGUUGACGCGCAGUUUCGGACUGAUCACAGCAGAGUUCACAUUCCAGAUGACCCAGCUGAUUGGUCGGUCCAACAUGUGAAACUAUGGAUCCAGUGGGCCGUCCGGCAGUUUAAUUUAACGGGAAUAAAACUGUCGGAUUGGAACAUUAGCGGGACAGAGUUAUGUGCUAUUAAUAACGUGGAUUUUAAAGAAAAAGUUCCUUCAGAUCCCGGCGAUUUGUUUUGGACCCAUUUUGAACUUUUACGAAAAUGCAAAUUUAUUGCUGUAGUCCAAAAUGAUGAACCUACAGUUAAAGAUAUGCUGGAUACUCCACAGUCAGCAAUUAAGAAAAAACCUAAGCAAAUGAUUCUUCGCGAGUGUAACGAGGAUGACGCAUGUCAGUACGUCACCACUCGAACCGGUUACAACGGACAGAUCCAGUUGUGGCAAUUUUUACUGGAACUUCUCACUAGCGCCGAGUACUUCGAUGUGAUACGGUGGCACGGUACAGAAGGUGAAUUCAAACUGUUAGAACCGGAACGGGUGGCGCGGUUAUGGGGUGCGCGCAAACAUAAACCAGCCAUGAAUUACGAGAAAUUGUCUCGAGCUCUCCGUUACUACUACGAUGGAGACAUGAUCGCUAAAGUAGCUGGAAAAAGGUUUGUUUACAAAUUCGUAUGCGAUUUGCGACAGUUGUUGGGUUACGGCGCCGACGAGCUGGCAGAACUGGUUAAAGAGGUUUACGACUCGAAAGAAGAGGAUGAACAAAGCUAA